AUGGGUGCCAAUCGCCCCCCAUUCCACCGACCCACGAAUGGCCGAUCGCAGCAGCCGCUUCUCAAAGAUGACCACCACGGCCGUCUAUCCCGGUCGAGCUUCGGCAAUGGCCACGCAGAGGACAGGCCCAUGCUGCACCAUACGCGACGACCCACGAUCCGGAGCCCCGAACACGACGCGGCCCAGGUAACGCGGAAAAAGUACAUGAUUGCAUCGGGCUUUCUUCUGUUGAGUCUGGCCAGUUUUGUGGUCCAGACGGAAACUGCUACAUACAUUCAGAAUGAGCUGGGUUGGAAGAAGCCGUACUGCAUGCUUUACAUCACCCAUGGUUCCUGGGCACUGCUCUGGCCGGUCCAGCUCGGUAUCCUUCGACUCCAAAAGCGAAAACUUUCAUGGGAAGCAUUUUGGCGCCGCCAUGUCUCUCUGAUUCGAACGACUGCCCAGAUGGUAGAAUCCCAGAAUGUUCAUGUCAACACUGGCCCCUUCUACCACUCACCGGUACCCUACAUCUUGAAGACCACGGCCUUUGUGACGACUGCGCUCACUGUCGCGGGUGGUUCGUGGUACGUGGCGGUCAACAUGACUACGGCCAGUGACCUGACAGCCAUCUACAACUGUUCGGCCUUCUUCGCCUACGCCUUUUCGAUCCCGCUCCUGAAAGAGAAGCUGCGCUUCGACAAGGUGUUUUCGGUGGCGGUGGCCACGCUGGGCGUGAUGGUCGUUGCAUACGGGGACCGACCAGCGAAGAAAGUUUCGAAGGGAGGCACCACUUCCGAUGAUGAGGCGGGCAACCGCCUUCUUGGCAACCUUGUCAUUGGCAUCGGCAGCAUUCUCUAUGGGCUGUACGAGGUGCUGUACAAGCGGUUCGCCUGCCCUCCGGAGGGGACGAGUCCUGGCCGAGGGACUAUCUUCGCCAACACCUUCGGCAGCCUGAUCGGCUGUUUCACCCUGUUGGUUCUUUGGGUGCCGCUGCCAUUUUUGCACGUCCUGGGAUGGGAGGCCUUUGAGUGGCCGACGGGCGAGGCAGCCUGGAUGCUCCUCAUUUCCGUCUGUGCCAAUGCCACAUUCUCGGGCUCCUUCCUUGUCCUCAUCUCUCUCACGUCUCCCGUUCUCUCAUCCGUCGCCGCCCUUCUCACCAUCUUCCUCGUUGCUCUCGUGGACUGGUUCCGGACCGGAGAAUCGCUCUCCGGGGCGUCCAUCUUUGGAGGCAUCUUGAUCAUGGUGGCCUUCUUCCUUCUGAGUUGGAGCACCUAUCGGGAGCUGAAGGAGGAGCGGAAGAAGGAUCUAGAGAAUGACGAGGUUGAAUCCGACAGUGAUGACUAG